CCCGGGCCCGCAGUGCGCCGGCGCCUCGCAGGUUCGAAACAGUUGGGAGUUGGAUCCACUCCAGCUUCGGCUCCGGGAGGCCCCCCUGAGCGGCCUGCCCCCCUGGGGCCAUGAAGAAGGCCGCCAACAAGAGCUGGAAAGACAAACAAAUCGACUUCAAGGUCAAGUCAUCUGUACACAACUUGAGCAAAACUCAGCAGACCAAACUCACCGUUGGGAACCUGGGCCUGGGCCUGAUCAUCAUCCAACAUGGACCCUACCUCCAGAUCACCCACCUCAUCAGGAAGGGGGCUGCGGCCAGGGAUGGAAAACUCAAGCCAGGUGAUGUUCUGAUUAGUGUUGGCCAUGCCAAUGUGUUAGGAUAUACUCUUCGAGAAUUUUUAAAACUUUUGCAACACAUCACCAUAGGCACAGUGCUACAAAUCAAGAUUUACCGAUAUUUUAUCGACAUACCCCCAGAAUGGAAAGAAAUCUAUGAUUUAAUCCCUGAGACCAAAUUCCCAGUAACACGCACAACAACGAAAACUAAGCAGUCAAAAGAUGACUCCUUCACAAGCAGUGAUGAAAAUGAAGAUGUAGUUUCAGAUAAAAAACUGAAGUAUUAUAAAUAUUCACAGUCCACUGGGCACCAGUCUGCAAGGAGACCAGUGUCUAUCUCCAAAGAAUGGCAUGGAUAUAAAAAGAAGAACCAUACCAUUAGUGUAGGAAAAGACAUUAACUGUGAUGUGAUGAUUCACAGAGAUCUUAAGAAAGAAGUGAGAGCCCCUUCUCCAUACUGGACAAUGGUGAAGCGAGACAAUGAAAGUUCCUCCUCCUCCACAGCCUCCUCCACCUCAGAUGCAUUUUGGCUGGAAGACUAUGCCCACGUUGAAAAGGGCAAGGGUCAACCUGUAUUGAAAGUUGCUUAGGAGCAGUUUGUAAAUUGGUGAUCUUGAAAACACCCAAUUUUUGUGCAUUGCUAUGUACAGGUUUGCUAUACUUAACAGGAAUAUGUGCAGACUUACCACUUCUUUCACAAGUGCAUUGUAAUGCCUUCAGAGACCUUCUUCAAUGAUAUCCAAACACUUCCCUUGGGUCGGACAGGCCUCACUGCCUUUUCUCAAAAUAGCAACAUCAUUCACAUCAUUAACACACUCCCUUUGGAGAAGAAUGUUUCAUCUUUUACAAAUGUAGCAGAAGAGUACAGGACCAGAAUGUCUAAACAUAGAAUUUCACUUUUUAAGGUAGAGCUGUUCAUGAGAAGAUGGCUGAGACCUCUAACAACGCCCAAGGAGUCGACAUUUUUAAUAUAGGAAGAAACUGGGAAAACCCACUGAUUUUGGAUUUAUUCUGUAGUUUACAUAUUUGUUAGGCACCGUAAAGAAUACAAAAAGGUAUAAGACGUAGUCCUUGCCCUCAAAACAACUCAAUCUCAUAAUUAUAUAUGUGAAAAAAAAUACAGCAAUAGCAGGAGAAUGUCUUCGGUUGAGAAGACAAAUGGAAAUCUUGAGAUGCUGGAUGGUGCAGGACUGGCAUAAUAAAGUUCAUUUCUUGGGAAGGAGAAAAAAACGCCAAAUUCAACUAUUAGGUUGAAUCACAUGAAAUGGCCAAUAUUCAACUCUUCCUGACCUCUAAGAAUUUUAAAUGGUUUACUCUGGUACUUUUAGUUGAAUGAGGAAGACACACACCCUGAGUUGACAAGGAAGCCAUCUAUGGAAGUGAUGGUAAUGAGCCCUCCCGCCUCUGAGCCAGGCAGAGAGGCACCAAACAGUAGGAUAUAUGGCCCAAAGGAGCUUAUGCAUUCCUUCCAAAAUUGGAUCAUUUAGGUCAAAUUAUUUGAUGUUAAAUCAUAAGUUUUCAUUUGCUUACAUUUACGAUAUCAGCGUCAGCUACGGAAUCAAUCUGCUGAAGGACCGUGGCUGGCGGCGUGUACGAUCCAGCAACCAGCGCCUGGGACCCGACUUCAUCCAGGAACCCCUCAGAAGACUCCACUGACAUUAGGAAGACUCAUAAGAACCUUACAAGAAAAAGUAUCAACCCCAUCAAAACGGCAGAAAAGAAACAUAUCUUGUUAUUAGUAGCUGAAAUUCCAUUUUCUACAUGUUGCCAUACCUUAUAAAAACUACACUAAGCUACGCUUAAGGAAAUACAUUUUCUUAAAUAAAUUAGAAUUGAAACCAAUUUUUAAGUAAAUCUAGGGUUUCAAUUUAUUCUCAUUGUGUUUUGUUUCUGGUGCAAUCAUGAAGAACAGCAUCCUAUUAACCAACCUUGGUCCCAUGUACAUAAUAUUUAAUAAACUACUGUUCUUAUUUAAGAGAUGCAAUUUUUUUAGUGUGUUCAGUCUAACAGAAGUAAUAAUGCUAAUGGGAACAGAAAUGACCAAUAAGUUGUCCCCUCUUGGGUAGUAAUCUGCUCUGUCAUACUUCCUUUGUGGACAAUACUAAAGGGGAUCAUGAAGAUAGUCUGAGUUUCAUGAUUCACAUUUUGAACUGUCCUAAAUGGAUGAAGUCAAGUUUAAGUGUUUUAAACUGACAUAUGAAAAGGCAAGCUUGGUCCAAAGUAUGCCUCUUUUGUUAGAGAAACUCCCCAAACUAACUGAGUGAGGUUUUGCUGGCACUCCCAGUUGCUGGAAUUCCCAUAGUGGGAAUUUUAAAAUCAUCAAAUAGGAGACAGAUAUUUCAAUCUUUUAAUCAGACACAGUGAUCAUCCUUUAUCCAUAGUGAAUACCUUCCAAGACCCACAGUGGAUGCGUGAAGCCAUGCUUAGUACCAAGCCCUAUAUGUACUAUGUUUCUCCUACAUACAUACCUAUAUUUAACUUAGGCACAGGGGAAGAUUAACAAUAACUAUUAAUAAAACAGAACAAUUUUAACAAUAUAAUAAAAGUUAUGUGAAUAUGG